GGAUGUUCCCGACACAAAGUCCACAACGGCUCGAAUAUAAACGCGAACGAUGGGCUCAGACCUCAAGCCCACUUGUUUCUGAUCUCUGUCAUCUGUUCUCUCUAAUCUCAUCUUAAUAUGUCUACCGAAGAAACAUACUAUGACGUCGAAGUCGUCCAGUUUUGGCAAGGCCAAAUAGAGUACCUUCGACCCCAUCCUCUUCACUGGGUCAUCUACGUCCCAACCGGUCCUGAUAUUGGAAACACGUACCACCUUCUAGGAAACAAGGAGAACUAUACCUUGGAGUUCAGGCGUAACCAGCCGCACAUAAACCCCGAUGACUGGCGCGGAAGUCACACCAUGGGAAGAGUGGCUGCAAGUAAGCUGGCCCUGUUCGAAUGGCACCUUUCGAGCGUUCCUAUCAUGUAUGACGACCCUCGAUGGAACAGUCAGAACUGGGUGUGGGACUGUCUCCGCCACCUCCGCCAUCAACGUUUUGAGAUCAGCUGGGAGCUUAGACAAUGUGACCUUCAAACAAGGAUGUGCUGCCUACUGGAGGACUGGGAAUUUGGUCGGAUUUAGAGGUGGAGAUGCGGCGAGUGGUUGAUCAAGUGUAUAAUAUUCUUACUAUUCGGAGCGAUCGUGAGUGGCCUUCGUUGUCCUGACUGAAUCAAGACUAAAAAUCCAGCUCUGACAGAAAAAACGACGCGUAGAAGAAUGUCUUCGCAUU